AAUAGAUAUCUUUGGUGAAAAUAAGGAAACUUAGUGCACAUCAUAGGUUUCUGUUUGUUUCGUUCUUUAUUUAUUACAUCCUGUUUCUUCCCUAAAUACAAUCUAGCGUUGUGCCCUAGCAUAUGUACGUGGGGGCCCUUGGACACUGCCCCGGUACCAGGGUAGGCACAAUUGUACACCCCUUGCGCCCCAAACCUUUUCACUUCUUAUAGAAUUAUAAUUAUGACUUUCAAAUAGUAAGAGUAAGGGACUGCAUUUGUUAAACGGGUCCCUUUUCUUUGUUUAAAUUUGUAUUUAUACUUGUUUUUUACAUAUUCCUUAUGUUUCCUUAUGUAUUUUUAUUUUGUAACUAGGGAAUAGAUGAGGGCCCGGGUGGCAAUCGCCAUGUCAGUUAUAUGGCCAGUCCGACCCUGGACUUAUGAACAAUAAAAUUAUAUAAAAAAUGAUAUACAAUACAAUUCCGUGAGUUGAUUAAAUAAAAUUUUAUGGUUGGUUAAAAUGCGUGUUUGUGUCGCAAGGUUGGGGCAAAAUGACAUUUUUUCAUAUAUCUGACGAACUUUUGAUUUUUUUUGGGUAAUUCUUCAAGAAUGAAUUAUAGUACCUACAGUUGAAACUGGAUUAUCCGGGAUUCGAUUAACCGGGACGCUCUUUUAUCCGUGAUGAAAAUAUUUGAAAUUCUUUCUCGACAAUUAACAAAAUUUAUUUAUUUAAAAUCUAUUAUCCGUAAUAAGCUCUACUAUCCGUAAUAUGAGAACAGGAAAGAAGUAAAUUAAACUAAAAAAUACAAAAUCGGCACUCAAAAUUAAAGAAAAUAUUAAAAAAUUUUUUUGUAAAGGGUCUUAUUUUUUUUUUUUUUUUUAAAGUAGAAUUAUCCUGGAGAAACAUAUCAGGAUUUACUGCUAGUUGACCGCAUUCACAUUAAUUUAAUCGAAUAAAAGCAACGGGUAAAAUCCCCUGUCACACAAUAAGUUUUUUUUCUUACCACCGGUCUUAGCUGGACAUAAAAAAAACGCCUCGGGGCUUAACCGGAAAUGUUGGCAGCACUGCUUAUUGAAUGUUCCGAAGUCAGCAGACACAAAGAAAAUUUAGAGUUUUCAUAUUUAUCAAAGAGAUACAAAAAUGUAUUCUAGAAAAACAAGUUUAAUAAAUUUUGUCAUAACAAACGUCAGUUUUCCCGUUUGUAAACCAAUUCUAAAGAAUUUAUGAAAAAAUUAGUUUGGUACCACAGAUUUAAAACUGUUCAAAAAGUUAAUCCAAAAUUAUGUAUAAAGGAGGAACCAGUCGGAAGCUUAUGUCAAAUCCUACGUUUUUCUUGUUGUUUUCUUUGACUUUUCAUCCGUCAGGUGCGAUUUGAAGCGCUAUUCCCCUCCGUUUCAUCCGACGCUUCAGCCAAUUAUAGUUCUACCUUUAAGCCCAGGGAUAUCUUCGGGCUUAACAACUAAGGCAAGGGGCUUAGGUGAUGCUGCAUUUAACAUGUAAAUUGCUGCGCUUUUUUUGUCCAGUUAAGCCCGUUGGUUAUAAAAAACACACCUAAUAAUGCAACAAUUUUUUAAUUUUCCUUAAAGUUCAUAAUAAUCGUAAUUAAUCUCGUAAUUUUGUAAUAUAUGUUCAAACAAAAAUAUGAAUUGUUAAAUUUAUGGAAUAAUUUUUUAAUUGUUUUUUUUUCUUUCAAUAAAUUUUUUAAUAAAAACAUACAUUUUUUCUUGAAAAAAAAGUUCUAUUAUCCGGGAUUUUCGAUUAUCCGUAAUGAACUCGGUCCCAACCAUCCCGGUUAAUCGAGUUUCAACUGUAGGUACUUAUAAUUAUCUAUAAAAUGAGCCUUUAUUUGUUAUUGUAACUAUCAUAUUAUAGAAGUAAUCUAACUCCGAAAUUCUCUAUGUACUAGUCAAAAGUAAGAAAAAAGCAAGUUUUUUGCUAUUGGGCUGAGCAAAUUUUGGUAGUAGAGGUAUUAAAAAAAUAUAAGUACGCAGUUUUGCAGCCAUACGCGUCUUAAUAUCGAAUUCAAAGGUCUGAAAACUCUAAUUUUAUGCUUUAUACGGUUUUCGGGGGGUAAAAAAACGUAAGUUUUCCAGUUAAUGUAAAUGAUCUAAAUUUAAACUAUUUCAAAUUAUAAAUAAAUAAACUGAUGCUCUAUCAUUUUUCCCAACCUUGAGGAUGUGACCAAUAGAACUCAAGAUAGAAGCUGUUUAUGCGAUUAUGUCUUAGAGAUUUUUGUGUUUUAAUUUUUGUUUGUUUAUUUGAAUUGAAAACCCCAAUAUGGUUAUUAUAAAAAGCUUGUAUCUUGAGUUCUACUAACCGCACCACCAAGAUUGAGGUUUCCAGAUUUAGUAAAAAUGAUAGAGCACCAAUUUUAUUAUUAUAAUUUGAUAUAGUGUAAAUAUGGCUCAUUCACACUAACUGGAAAACUUACGUUAUUUAACCCCCCGAAAACCCUGUAAAGCACAAAAUUAGAGUUGUAAGACCUUUGAAUUCGAUAUUAAGACGCGUAUGGCUGCAAAACUGCGUACUUAUAUUUUUUUAAUACCUCUACUACCAAAAUUUGCUCGGCCUAAUAGCAAAAAACUUGCUUUUUUCUCACUUUUGACUAGUACAUAGAGAUUCGGAGUUAGAUUACUUCUACAAUAUGAUGGUUACAAUAACAAAUAAAGGCUAAUUUUAUAGAUAAUUAUAAGUACUAUAAUUCAUUCUUGAAGAAUUACCCAAAAAAAUCAAAAGUUCGUCAGAUAUAUGAAAAAAUGUCAUUUUGCCCCAACCUUGCGACACAAACACGCACUUUAACCAACCAUAAAAUUUUAUUUAAUCAACUCACGGAAUUGUAUUGUAUAUCAUUUUUUCGAUAAUUUUAUUGUUAAUAAGUCUUACCUUCGUCAUUUUUUGUUAAAAUGAACAACAAUGGAGCUAUUCAAUAAAAACGAUACCAAUCUCUUUUCCAAGAUGGCGGCUGUUCCCAACCUCCAAUAAUCCCAACAAAUUGACUUUUAUGAUGAGGACAAACACCCGAACACAUUCCAUGAAAAAAAUUUUGUCCCGCGAAAAAUGUGAUUUCAUGCCCAUAUUUUGACUAAUUUCCCUGAGCUAUUAAUUAAAGUUCAAGUUUUUUUUUGAAAUUUUUGUUGCUGAGUUCCAAGUAUGUUUUUUUUUUUAACAUAUCGCUGGCUGAGAAUUAUCGGGUUGUAUGUUUUAUGGAAACGCCUGUAGACGUUGUAUUAUUCUCCAAACACUCAAACAAUAAACUACCAAACAAUUAAAUACAAAGCAAUACAAUUUGUAUUUUUUUGUGAAAAGAAAAAUAAAACUAAAAAACAAAAACAAUGGAUACCAAAAAGAGUAAUAAACAAACCAAAAUUGUACGCAAAACUAAAAACACAACUAUCCAUGCGUCGGCAACUAACUUAUUGAAUUCGUAUUGGCAAGAUUGUCAACAACAACCACCUUCUCCUGGAUUAUCGUCAACAUCACAAAUAACUUUUGAGUCAUCUACUGACAUGAUGGCAAAUGAUUUUGAUGACGAACAAAACCAAACAAACAGACAGCCGAUCCAUUUUUUAUUUACCAUGCGAACAUACUAAAUUGACUGCAUUGGCGAUACUUUAUCCUUGUAAAUAUGCAAAUAUCCAGGAUAAAAUGGAUGAUGAAUUUUCUGAUGAAGAUGAUGAUGACUAUUUUAAGAAAACUAUAAUGGUAGAAGCAACAAUACCAAUUGGCCUGUCAAAAUAUUGUGAUGUUUUACCUUAUGAAAAUGAAGACAAAUUAAUAUGGGAACCAUCUCAAGUAAGCGAACAAAAAGUUAAAGAUUAUUUAAUACGAGUGAAUGAAUUAAAAUCAUCUCCUAACUUAUUGACACAAGAUGAUGAUAUACCAUCAUCUUCACACUCUGUAACAUCAGAAUCAGAUCAAGGACUAGAUUGUAGUGCAGUUAAAGAUGAUAGGCAGGCCUUACAUCUCUUAGUACUUUGUGGAUAUAACUUCCAAGAAGUACUACAACGGAAAUGUUUAAAUGCAGUUCCAUUAACUGGUUCAAUGAGUCUAUGCUAUGGUCGUCUGAAGAAGAUAUCCAAAUUUCGAAGAAGGCAUACAGAAGUUUGGAAAAGAUUUUCGAAAAAAAUACACAAACUCAAGUAUAAAUUUAAAGCAAUAAUGUGUAAUUUUUAAGUAGAAUUUUUUUUUACCAUCGGUAAAACAUUUUUUAUGAAUUUAUUCCAAGUAUGGUGUUUGGAAAUUGUUUAUUUUUUCGUAGUGCUAAAUUCAAUACGAGAUCUUGUUCAAUUCUACUAUCUUUCGAAGAAAACUGAAUGUCGUGAUAAGGAUUUUGUUGAUUCAGAUACCAUUGAUCAUAUGGAUACAUAUUUUGUUUUGUAUAUUUUUAAAUUUAUUUAUAAAUAAAAUCAUUGUUUAAAAAUUAGGGAAUAUCAAAAGAAAAUAUCAGCUUUGUUCUUUGUACUCGUUAUAAUUGUUUGAUUUGGAUUGAUCUUUUGAUGCUCUUGUUGUUGCUGUAGAGGUUGUGGUAACUCUGCUGGAUUCUGAGUAUUAACUGGAGGUGUUCGGCAUUUUUAAUGUGGUGGAUUUUUAUGACCUUUUAAUAUCCAAUACGCUGAUUUUCUUUAACCGUCAGAUAUCCAAAGAGCUAUGUGUUUAAUUCAAUCAAUAAUAUUCAAUUAUUAUCAAUCUUAUAUCUUUUUUGACUUACAAGUUUUUAUAUAUGUAUGUACAGUGGCGACAAAAUAAAUAGCACAUGUACCCUAAAAUUUCUAAAAUGAAAAUUUUUCGCACUUUUUUAACUUAAAAGAACUGUUUUAUUAAUGAGGAAGCAAGAACACAGAUAUAUUUGAUUUAUUAAAAAAGAAAUUAAGUACACUGAAUUCUUAAACAAAAAAUAACAACAAAAUCAUUAAUACCUACAGCUCAAGUUUUUUUGGGACAAAAUAAAUAGCACACUUCCUAAAAACAAAAACAAAUUAACAAAAAUUUUUACACAGUUAAAAGAAAAUAACUAGUAUUAUGUUGGGUAACCAUUAUUAUUUAUCACAGCAUAAAACCAGCGGUUAAUAGACGUAACAAGACUCCGAAAUCGCUCAAAAGGUACUGAAUACCAAGCUCGUCGAAAUUCCUGCCAAAGUUUGUCCAAAUUUGAGGUAUCAGACCUGUUAAUCGCUUUUCCCACGUCACUCUACAAGUCCUCAAUAGGAUUCAGAUCUGGGGACUGACUUGGUAAUUCCAUAACACCGAUUUUUUGGACGGAUAGCAAUUGUUUCACAGACUUAGUCUUAUGUUUUGGAUCGUUAUCCUGUCGAAAUGUCCACUUUAAAGGCAUUUCCUUCUCAGUAAAAGGUAGAAUAGUGUCCCUUAGGAUUUCCUUGUACUUAAGGUGGUCCAUAAUACCCUCUUUCCGAUGAAAUGGCCCCGCACCAUGCCAAGAAAAACAUCCCCAAACAAGAAUACUAGCCCCACCAUCCUUAACAGUCUAUAUUUUAUACUGCGGGUCACAUUUCAAGUGCCCCACGCGGGGAAUUUCCGUAUGGGGCAUUUGGAAAUGCCCCCUACGGGGCAUAAGAGGGUAUUAUGCAUG